CGUAAUUUGUGGAAUAAUGAUACGAACUUUCGGUACAGGAUCUGUGCGCGCGCGCUUACUGUCACAGGGAUCAAAGUAUGCAACGUGCAGAGCUGCACACCACAGCGGCUCAUUCGAUAUGGCCAUUAUUGGUGGAGGGAUUGUUGGACUGGCCUCUUCCAGAGAGCUGAUCCUCAGGCACCCAAACCUCACCUUUACCCUGUUGGAGAAAGAAAAGGAACUUGCUCUCCAUCAGACAGGUCAUAACAGUGGUGUGAUCCACUCUGGGAUUUACUACACGCCGGGCUCUCUGAAGGCUCAGCUUUGUGUUCGUGGAGCCACGCUGACAUAUCAGUACUGCCAGAAGAAAGGUGUGCCUUAUAAGAGAUGUGGCAAGCUUAUUGUAGCUGUGGAGAGAGAGGAGAUUCCCCGACUGAAAGCUCUAUAUGAGCGCGGUCAGAUGAACAACGUACAAGAUCUCCGGCUGAUUGAUGCCAAGGCCAUCCGAGAGAAAGAGCCGUACUGCAGGGGCAUCAUGGCAUUGGACUCUCCAAACACAGGGAUUGUUGACUGGCAGUUAGUAGCUCUGACCUACGGUAAGGACUUCCAGGAAGUGGGUGGCACUGUGAUAACUGACUUUGAAGCAUCUGACAUUAAGGUGGCAGCAGAAAGCCCAGCUGGGAGUGCUGAAGGCCUGAAAUAUCCCAUCAUCAUCAAAAGCUCACAGGGGAAGGAGGUGAGGUGUAGGUUUGUGUUGACGUGUGGAGGCCUUUACUCUGAUCGGUUGUCUGAGAUAUCUGGCUGUAGUUCAGAGCCCCGUAUUGUUCCCUUCAGAGGAGAUUACCUGGUGCUCAAGCCAGAGAAAAAUUACCUGGUCAGGGGCAACAUCUAUCCUGUGCCAAACCCACGGUUCCCAUUUCUUGGAUUCCAUUUCACCCCUCGUAUGGACGGUAGCGUCUGGCUGGGCCCAAACGCUGUGUUGGCUUUUAAACGGGAGGGAUAUAAACUCUUUGACUUCGACACACAAGACUUCAUUAAUGCGGUCUCCUACAGGGGUCUGCAGAGGCUGGUAAUGAAGAAUAUUGUUUAUGGAAUGGAGGAAAUAUACAGAGGUGUGUUUACCAGUGCUCAGGUUUGCUGUGGGCCCCGGCCACUUAGUUGA